AUGCAUCUCUCGUUCUUUCCUACCCUCGGCUCAUCCACAUCUCUUGCUCUCCCGCCGCGCACCGACGGCCGCCUUAUCUUUCAGGCCAAAUUCCUUUCGCGUGAGGAGUAUGAUCAGGCGCAGCGAGAUGGCAUACGCAUCGAACUCUGGGCCAAUCUUCCUAGCGAGGGCUCAGGAAGCGAGGCAUGGGGUUCAUGGCUUUUUCAGAAGAUCGACCCUGGGGCGCCGUCCAUUAUUGGAUCGACCGUUGACAGUACAGUUCUCUUGUCUGACUCAGACGAGGCUACGCCGUUAGCCCAGGAGCACGUCCUAUAUCUACAAGUGCCGGUUCGCUUGCAGAGUUCUACAUGCUCUACGUUCUCGUUCACGUACAGACUGGUGUACCCGUCUGGAUCCAUCCACUGGUUGGGCGAGUUCGGGCAUAACGGACACCUCUCCAUUGAACCGAGACAUUCUGCUGUAAGUCUAGUUGAUGGUUGGGGAGAAUGGGAGAACGGAACGUGCACAUUCAAAAACGUGUCUUCGCCGCUCGCACUGGUGGGGAGACUGAACAUGGAAUAUGGGUGGUCAAUCUGGGCGGUGGAACAAGAAAGCUGGCCCAUAUUUUGCCCUACUAUUCGCGAGAUACCUUCGGCUUCCUGUGUGGUUCUUUCGCCUCUGUCUCGGCUCUACGAAGUUAUUGCUCCACAGCCCCUCAUCCUUAGCGCGAGCCCUGGCACUUCCAUCCACAUCACAUCUACCGGAGAUAUAUUACACACUUCAGGUGACGCAAGCGGGUAUGUGGUGCUGCGCUCUUUCAAUGCGUUGUUCGACGAUGCAUUCCUGAACGACACCAACCAUUCCCAUACUGGUGGUUCGCACAUCCUGUCAGAUCACCGUGCUCAGUCUACGUACGCAAUCAUAGCGUCUCGUGUUCCACGCGACGCGAUGCCCGUGUGUUUGACCAUGAUACCGUUGCUGGCAUCCGGUCUACCUCUGCAGGCACCGGAGUUGCCUUAG